GUCGCUAGCCGGCCUGCCGGCCGCCGCCCCUCACUCUCAGGAGCCGCGAGGGGAAGGCCGAGACCGCCGCCACCGCCCGCCCGCGGGGGUGGCUCCCCCUGUAUAGGGGAGGACCGAGCCGGCUUUCCCCUCCCCCGGAGCAGGUUUCCGCCUGAGACAGUCGACAUGUCCCUGGGGCUGAGCUCCGGCUAGAGCCGGGGAGGGAGGGCCGCCCGCCCGUGCCGAAGCUCGCCACCCGCCCGCGGCUCCUGGCUGAAUCAGGAAUCCCUGGCUCCGGACUCGCCACUCCUACUCCUGCUUUCCUCGGCGUCCGAGAGCCCGGAGCUGACGCCGGCACUGGUUCGAAGAGUCGGAGCGGGGCAGCACCGCCCCUCACGCCGCCGCCGCCUCCCCUUCGCCCUCCCACUCCCACCCCCAGCCUAGGCCUGCUGACCGCGCCGAGCUGGAUUGACCACGGCGGCCCGAAGACGCGAGGAGGAAGCAGCUGACCCGCCCCUGGGAUCGUGCUCUCGCCGCCACUGGGGGGAUUGAAUUGAGGCGCCGCGACUGCGGGAGGCAAGAAGGAAGGAGGAGCCGCCGCACGAGUGAGACCGGGCCAGAGCCGAAGAGACCGACUCCGAUAAGGAAACGGGAGGAGGAUGUCUCACGGAGCGGCCGGCGCCCGGAUCAGCCCGUGACUCUUAACAGCGACGGGCCUCAGACCCCUGCACGGACGCGGACUUUUGUCUUUGGGGGCCAGUGUUCUGCCCUUCCUGGUUUCCGGUAAGAUCGCGGAGGAGCCGGCGUGCCUCUCUGCCCUCCAGCCUUCCUCACCAUGUCCAAGAUGCCGGCCAAGAAGAAGAGCUGCUUCCAGAUCACCAGUGUCACCACGGCCCAGGUGGCUACUAGCAUCACCGAGGACACCGAAAGCCUGGACGACCCGGAUGAGUCACGCACAGAGGACGUUUCUUCCGAGAUAUUCGACGUUUCUCGGGCCACGGAUUACGGCCCCGAGGAGGUCUGCGAGCGCAGCUCCUCCGAAGAGACGCUCAACAAUGUUGGGGAUGCGGAGACUCCCGGGACCGUCUCCCCCAACCUCCUCCUGGACGGACAGCUGGCGGCCGCGACAGCCGCUCCGGCCAACGGAGGAGGAGCCGUUUCGGCCCGGAGCGUGGCCGGGGUGCUGCCCAGCACCGUGUCGCCGGCCUCCACCUCAGUCCCCUCCUCAGGGGCCCCCGGCGCUCCCCCGGUCACGGGCCCGUCCGCCACGCCAGGAGCUGCCGCCUCAUCACAGCCCCCCACCACUUGUAGUUCGCGUUUUCGCGUGAUCAAGCUGGACCACGGCAGCGGGGAGCCUUACAGACGCGGCCGAUGGACGUGCAUGGAAUACUAUGAGCGGGAUUCCGAUAGCAGCGUCCUGACCCGGUCCGGGGAUUGCAUUAGGCACAGCAAUACUUUUGACCAGACUGCGGAGCGGGACAGCGGCCUGGGCGCCACCGGAGGGUCGGUGGUGGUGGUGGUGGCCUCCAUGCCGGGCGCGCACGGGCCCGACUCGGGAACUGACAGCUCCUUGACUGCUGUGUCACAGCUACCCCCGUCGGAGAAAAUGAGCCAACCCGCCCCGGCCCCGCCGCAGAGUUUUGGCGUUGGGCAGCCGCAGCCGCCGCCUCCGCCCGUAGGUGGGGCUGUGGCUCCAAGUUCGGCUUCGUUGCCGCUGUUCCCGGGAGCCGCGGCCGCGCCGCCGCAGAGGUUGGCAGCCCCGCCGCCCAGCCAGGCCCAGGGCGCCGGGCCCCCGGGGCCCAACGGACAGGGCCUGCCGCUGACGAAUGUAACCCUGGCGCAGCCCGGCCUGGCCGUGGGCGCUGCCACCGCGCCCCCGCCCCAGCAGUUCGCGUAUCCUCAGCCUCCGAUGCCGCCGGGCCAUCUGCUGCCUGUCCCGCCCGCCGGCCAGAGUGAGUACCUGCAGCCGCACGUGGCCGGCCUGCAGCCGCCCAGCCCUGCGCAGCCCUCUUCCGCGGGCGCAGCAGCGGGUCUCCCCGCGGGCACCGGCCAGAACGCCGCCUCCGCUGGCGCGCAGAUGAUGGGUGCGCCCUCCUUGCCCGGAGAAGCGGUGGCCCCUGGGCCGGGCCCCGCGCCCGGUCAGCCGGCCGGAGUGCCCCCGGCUGCAGUGGGAGGCACGGCGCCGUCGGGCCUGGUUCCCGCUGGGGUCGGGCAGCCGCAGGCCGCGCCUCCGCCGCAGAUGGGUGGCAGCGGCGCGCCGUCGGUCGUGCCCGGCGGCCCUCUCGCCGUGGUGCCCGGAGUUGCCAACGUGCCUGCAGCCGCGCCCGCUCCCAGCGUGCCUAGUGUGUCGACCACUUCUGUUACUAUGCCAAAUGUCCCCGCGCCCCUGGGCCAGGCGCCGCAGCUUUGCAGCCAGCCUCCGGUCAGCAGGAGCGGCAGCAGCAUCCAGCACGUGGGGCUGCCCUUAGCGCCCGGCACAGCCAGUGCCCCGACGAGUCUACCGCAGUCUGACCUGAGCCAGUUUCAGACUCAGACCCAGCCUUUAGUCGGGCAAGUUGACGAUACUAGAAGAAAAUCAGAACCCCUACCUCAACCACCACUUUCUCUCAUUGCUGAAAAUAAGCCUGUUGUGAAGCCUCCUGUUGCAGAUGCCCUGGCAAACCCCCUUCAGUUAACACCUAUGAACAGUCUCGCCACCUCUGUAUUCAGCAUAGCUAUUCCUGUUGAUGGUGAUGAAGACAGGAAUCCUUCAACUGCUUUCUACCAAGCGUUCCAUUUGAACACGGUUCAGGAAUCAAAGAACCUCUGGGAUAGGAGUAUCCCAAGUGGCUCAGUGGUAAAGAAUCUGCCUGCCAAAGCAGGAGAUGCAGGUUUGAUCGCUGGGUUGGAAGAUUGCCUGGAGAAGGAAAUGGCAACCACUCCAGUAUUCUUGCCUGGGAAAUCCCAUGGAUAGAAGAGCCUGGUGAGCUACAGCUUAUGGGUUGGCAAAAGAGCCUAAUACAGCUUAGCAAUGAAACAAUAACAAAUUUUGUGUUAGAAAAGGUGUCCAACAUUUCCUAUGGUUAUGAGAUUCCACUUUUGAAGUUAGGAGUAAAUCAGAACUAAACUAUGAGACGAUUUGUUCUGUCCUCCUCCAGGAAACUUGGAUACAUCAUUAACACCCACUUAUUAACCCGAAUGGGAAAAAAUCAAGUUUCAAGAAUUAACCACGGUAGGCUGCUUGUUAGAUUGUACCACGGUGGGCUGCUUGUUAGAUUGUAACUGGUUACUGUGCUCUCUGAUAAUCACACUUGUAAGUGCUUUGAGAAUAUGAGCCCAAGCUGUUGUGUAACCAUACCAAAUACAUCUCUUAAUAAUUUGUACCUUAAAUCUUAUGUAAUUUAUUAUCUGAUUGUAUUUUGACCAAUUCCAAUUAAGAGUAUCUAGUAGAGGAUAAUCAGAGAUGCUGAAAAUUAGAGGAAGUUUUAAUGGCCUGUCAUCUUUCCCAGGUGGCAGUAGUGGUAAAGAACCCACCUGCCAGUGCAGGAGACGUAAGCGACCCAGGUUCAGUCCUUGGGUGGAGAAGAUCCGUGGAGGAGGGCAUGGCAGCCCACUCCAGUGUUCUCGCCUGGAGAACCCCAUGGACAGAGGAGUGUGGCAGGCUCUAGUCCAUGGGGUCACAAAGAGAUGGACACGACUAAAGUGACUUAGCACGUCACCUUUUUUAGGACUGGAUCUCAGAGUUAGAGGAAAACCUAAGAAUAUGCUUAUAAAAUGUUCAAAUGACAUUAAAGCAGGAAGUCAUAGCUAUUAUUGGAUGAUAGCAUUUGUGAAUUUAACUGUCUAAAGUAUGUGCAGAAAUUCAGAAAGUGAAAGAACACGUAUGUAAAUUCAGGAAGGUUGAAACUUAAGCUGAAUAGGUAGAGUAAAAAGUACCUGGAUACACUAGUUGACUGUAUUUUAUAGUUACUGGUUAGCAAAUGACAGGCCUGCCACAAAAGCUAAUGUAAUGUGAGGCAAUAUUUAUAUAACUAGGAUAAAUAGGAAAAGAUGGUGACAGACUUACUGUACUUUAUUUCUGUAGGCUGCUUGCUCUAAAUACAAAGUUAACUAGAAAGUCUAAUUUAUAUUCCACCUGGACAGCCAGGUGGGUAUUUCAGUAGGAAGACUUGAGCUUAUUUUCUGAAAGAAAAUGGGUCCUCUGGGAAAUAGCCCUGCCAUCACUAGAAAUAGUAAAGUGGUCUUCCUGGCUAUUAGGAAUGUUUGAGGUUUAGAGCCAGUUACUUUUAAAAUCCCUACUGUGCAGAAUAUUAUUGCGCCACUUAGUUCUAAAGGAAGAAGGAAAAGAGAUAAGAAAAGUUUUGAAAUUGAUCCACCUCAUUCUAUUUUGUCUUUGCUGCCCAUUAGUUUCAGAAAACCUCAAAGAGCGUGUAUUUGUUUAAGGAAUGGAGGCUUGACAGACCUUUGGAAGGUUAAUAAAGUUCUUUCCCUAUCAGGACAGAUUUCCCAUGUCAGAGGCAGUUAAGUGUGGCCGCAAAUGCGGAAGCCAGUGAUGGGUAGGGUUCAGUUGUGCGGACGUGCUCAGCCGCUUCCUUCAGUCAUGGCUGACCCUCUGCGACCCUGUGGACUAUACAGGCAAGAAUACUGGGGCGGGUUGCCAUUUCCUUCUCCAGGGGAUCUUCCUGACCUAGGGCUCGAACCCUGGGUAGAUCCUGCAUUGAAGGGAAAUUCUUUACCACUGAGUUACCUAGGAAGCCCCAGAAUUUGGUCAUGCAGAGUUAAAGGACUGAGAAGCCACACUCUGGUUAGAGGAAAUGCUGUGAACCACUGGAAGUAUAUGGUACGGAUGGUUACAUUUGAUUGGUGCGUAAAACAUUUGAAGAUAACAGAGAAAAGAUGGUAGAUUCGUUAGAGACCAGAUAUAUUAGGAAGGUAACGAAGGUCUGAAUUAGGCAAUAGAGAUGAGGAAAGGGGCUUCCUAGGUGGCGCUAGCAGUAAAGAGCCUGCCUGCCAGUGCCAGAGAUACUAGAGACAUAGAUUCGAUCUCUGGGUUGGGAAGAUCCCCUGGAGAAGGUAAUGGCAAUCCACUCCAGUAUUCUUGCCUGGAGAAUCCCAUGGACAGAGGAGCCUGGUGGGCUACAGUCCAUGAGGUCACAAAAAGACUGAAGUGAUUUGAUGUGCUCACACUUAAAAAAUGAAAGAAUGGUUAUCAGAAGGUAAGACUUAAAGAAUUCUGCUACUGAUUAGGUAUGACAGGGAAACAGUCAAAUUUGACUUUGUCAGACCUAACUGAAGAAAUAGUGGUACCAUUACUAGUAUUACUGAAAUAAUUGGUUUGGGAAGAAGAAAAUAGUAAUGAGAUUUUGCUUUGAGCCGAAGAGCCAGUGGAAGGUCAAGGUGGAAAUAUUCAGGUUACAGCUCUACCUGCAAACCUGCAGCUUGGUGGAGAAGUUAAGGCUAGAAAGGAUUGAAGAAUCUUUUAUUUAUUUGUUUCUUUAUUUAUAUUAUUAUUUUACUCUAGAAUUCAGGCUUUAGGAAAGGCUCUAGUUUUCUAGGAGCAGAGUAGUGGAAAGGGGGCAGGUCAGGACCUUGGGCAACACUAUCUACAUUUAGAGAACGAGAGAAACUUUGAAGAAGACACGUGGUCUUAGAGACUAGAAGAGUCUAAGAAUAUUAAUUCUUACUCAAAAAGAAGGGGAGAUGUUUGAAUCUCUAUUUGAAAAAAUUUCAGAUUUACAGAAAAACUAUAAGACUAAUACUGUUGACCCUUGAACAAUGCGGGGAUAAGGGGGUAACCAACCUUCUAUGCGUGAAAAUUCCCAUGUAACUUAUAGUCAGCUCUCCAUAGCCACAGUUCCUCCAUAUCUGUGGUUUUGUAUACGUGGGUUCAACCAACCAUAGACUGUAUAGUGCAGUAGUAUGACUGUUGGAAAAAUCCACAUAUGAAGUGAACCUGCACAGUUCAAAUCCAUAUUGUUCAGGAGUCAGCUGUACAAAAGCAUUUCAGUAAUCUUAACAAAUUUGACAUUUGUUAGCAUUUAGUCACACUUGCUUUAUCAUCCUAACAUACUGUUUAGGAACCAUUUAAGAGUAACUUGCAGAUGUCUUGUUCAUUAAUUACACAGUACUUUAGCAUAUAUUUCCUAUUAUGUAAAAAUAGUAUAGCUACCAAAUUCAGAUUUGUUAGACUUAACUAAUAUGUAGCAUACAGUUCAUGUACACAUUCUGUUGGUUGUCCCAGUAAUGUCCUUCAUGACCAUUUUUUACCUGAUCAAAGAGCCCAAAAAGAUGACAGAUUACAUUUAAUUAUGAAACAUUUGUCUUUUUCCCUCCUGUCUUAUGUAAAUAAAUACUGUAUAAGUCUUCUUUAAGAUUGUUUAAAUAGUCACUAAAAAAGGAAGUGCCAGUGUUCUGCUUGAAUAACAGGGGAAAAUGCAUCUGCCUUUUUACAGACGCAUGUCUUUUUACAGUCUAUGUUACAGGGGUUGGGAAAGGAGAGUGAUGAAAGGGUGUGCUGACUAGGAUCCAGCUAAAACAACUACUGGGAAGGAGAAGUUUUUAAGAAGAGUCCUAUUUCCUAAAGUUUAGUGGGGACUGGCCAAGGAAGGAGAACAUGCGGAUAUCAAUGAGGGUGUAUCCCUUACGAGAGAAACUGAGGUAUAUUCAUACACCAGCUUUUUCUGUACUCUGGUUUUUAUACAUAUGCAUUAAGCUGGGAUUUUAAUUAUCUUAAGUAGAGAAAAAUAGUAUAAUUUGAAGACAUUCUUACUCACCACUUAGGUUUACAAAAUAUGUGAUUGCUGUCCUUUAUAGUCUGAUUUAUCCUCCUAGUUUUAUUGUGAUAGUUGCCUAAGGUGGCUUGUUUCCUGCCAGAUUUUUAACCAUAGAUCUGUAUCUCAUUGUCUGAAGUGGUAUUUCAGUGGAUCCUAAGCAUUUGUUCUCCUGUCAGCUUUUCUGUGACUAACGGAAAUGGGACACUUGACAUGCUGAUACUAUUUUCAGCAUGUGACUGGACUUCAGAAUUGGUGAUGAGAAAUUAUUAACUGUUCAUUGAUUAUGAUAUGUUUCUUUGUGCAUAUGCUUACUGCCUUCCUCUUUAGUUAGUAAAUUUUCUCCAUAGAAGUCACCACAACCUACCUACACUGAAAGGUCAUGAUAGUUAUUUUUAGGAUGAAACUUGAAAAGUAGUUUUAAAACAUGGAAAUAGUUGGUAAGGUCUCUUUAUUAUUGUUGAUAUUAAUUGUUUAACUUUUCACAAAUAGAUUUUAAGUAAAUCAAACCCUUGAACAGAACAAUGUGUGUAUAAUAUGCUAAACCCAUCUCUUGUUUUUUUCCUACAGAAUCUAGAACUCUGUAGCAAAGCUUUUUAAGAAAAGACUCAUACUGAAUUUGUUCAGAUGACAAGGAAAUUCAAAUAUAACCUGAAAUUGUUGAAUCAGAUCAAACAUACAACAACUGUUUGGAGGUUUUUUCCAUUCUAGUUCCUAACAGUUUAAAAAUAUGAAUUCAUACCUCUUCUAUGUACUGAAACCUGCAGAUAGUUUUGGCAGCCUAUUGAGGAGAAAGAAAUAUUAAGUAGAAUUACUUUAAUAUUUUUAUUUUCAGCAAGAUUUGGGUUGGUAGGUAGUUAGACAAGAGAAAUGACUGAUUCCAUUCCAGUUGACAUUCUUUGUGUAUGUGCAUGUACUUGUACGAAUAUUCUAAAUCAUGCAAAUCAGGAAAUGUGUUAGAUUUUUGUGAUUGCCAUAGAUCAUUUAUAUGCAUUUGCUUACCAGAAGUUAGCUUCUAUGUUUAGGUUUCACUUGACCACUUCUAAAAUAUUUUCCACGUUUGACAAGUAAAUUUUAGAUAGAUGGCAAUAAUUUAGAAUAUGUAUUCAUUGAUAAAUAUCCUCAGGUAGCAUUUUUAUGCUUUUUGUUUCCUGGUUAUUGUCAAAGUGUAAAGACUUUGGUUAUAAAUAGGAAAAGAUUUGGAGGGUGCUCAUGGUAUUUUUUUCAGUUUUUAAUUUAAUUGUGAUAUUUGGCAUGGAAAUAGUGGUGGUGUAACCUAUAUCCUGGAAGCCAGAAACAUCUUUCUACAUGUCUACUUGGUGGUAAUAUCGAGGUAAAGAAGUAUUCUCCUUCUAGCCCUGUGCACUAUUAGAAGGAGAACAAGAAGGGAAAAAAGAGUUGUUGUGUCUGACUAAUCCCACUCCUGUUCACAGUGUCUAUUAACCAUUAAUUUUCAGAAAAUUUCUGUAUUUACAGCAGCUGUUUCUUAGAUAUUACUUAGUCCAGAAAAUGUUGCUAAAUACAUGUCUGGAAUGGUUAUGACAUAGUUUGUUUCACGAAAUUAGAUGUUUACUCUUAAACAUAAUGUGAUGAUAUUUGAAACUUUAAGAACAGUUCUAUUUGCUUUAUGUUCUGUUCUUAACAAAGCUCAAAGUCAAAUAUGCAGCUUUCUGUUAACAAAACCUGCAGAAUGUUCUUGCAUGUUUUUGAGUAAUACAUUGCUGGCUUCCACUUACUUUGUUUUUCCAUUUUUAUCUUCUCCGACCCCCAAUUUCAAUUUUUUGUUUUUUUGGUAUCCCGUAUAAACUUUUUUUGAAAGAGAAGUGUAAAUCAUUGUGAGUAAAUGUGAUUGGCUGAUCUGUCUAUAACUACCUUGUUAAAGCUCUUUUUCCAAAGCUAUAUUAUUUUUAUAUGUUAAUUUCUUGAAACACUGUCUUUCCAGUAUUCUUAUUCUACUAGGUACAUUUGGACUGAUUUUUUUUCAUAAGUUUAUCUUUGAUAUUUCUAGCCUGAUUUCUCUUAUACAUAUGGAAAGUCCAUAUGUAAUUAUCAGGGGCAUGAGGGGUUGCUCCAUAUCCCCCCUUUCUCCAUUAAAAAAAUAAGCAUUUCUGACCUUUUAUAGAAAAGCAAGCAUUGAUUGUUAUAAUGUGUAGGAAAUCUCAGAACAGUGUAGUGAACUUUUUAAAGAAUUGUUGUUUACGCUUUAAAAUGAAAUUUUGUACCAAAAGAAGCUAAGCACAUGCUAUCAAGUAGCCAGUUCCUUUAGGAACUCAUAUAUAGGUUUGUCUGAUUUCACUUAUAAGUUUUCAAAUAAUGACUUGGAAAUUGCAAAUGGUCCACCUCUUUGCCCCUAUGCUCACUCUUUUAUUCUGUUAAUCUAAGUUUGCCGUAAAAUUAGCUAAAUGAUGGUAAACUUUAGCCUGGUUCUUGCUGGGCUAAAAGAACAUUUAAUAGCUCAUUCUCAGUUCAGUAGAAAUUUUUUCCUCAAAAAUUAAAGAAUGAAGUGAUAACUAUAGGAAAUAUUCAAGAUUUGUUUUUGAUAGCAAUCUUGCCAGAGAUUCAAGAUUAUGAAUAACUUCUAAAUAAAUAUUCAUUUUUAGGAGAAUCUAAGUUAAAUUUUAAAGGAUAUCUAAUUAAUUAUAACUGUUUUCAUCUACAAGCACUUCAUUUACUCGGUUUUAUUUCACAUUUUUAAUAAGAAUUUCCUACAUGUUAGAAUUUAGUGAUUGAAACUUCAGUUGUGAGCCUUGUUCUUGGUAGCAACUAAUUUUGAGAAUGCAUGCUUGGGGAAAAAUUGACACAGAAGUUUUGUAUAUUUUUAAUGUGUACAACUUUUACAUCCUAAAUCUCCCAUACAUUUGUAUGGUGCAUGCAACCUUAAAGUACCAUUUUCAUAAGUGUCACAGUACAAAUAAUUAAAUCUGCUUUAAUGGCUGGUUUAAUUCUAUCUUUCAGAGGUUUUUUUUCCAGGCGAUACAGUGCUUUUUGUUAGUAGGUCCUUUACUAAAAGACCAAGUGGUCUGCCAUUUAAAUGACCAGUUCAUCAAAGUCUUACAGACAGGCAACUUACCAGCAUUACUGAUUAUAUAGUUCAAGAUGCAUUAAUUUGCUAAAUAUGGCUGUGUAUUGUAUCUUCUCAUGGGACUUGUCCCUCAAAAGAGUAAAUCAUUAAAGUAACUUCUUUUGUUUUUUAAAUUAUGGUAGUAUUUUGGUUGAUAGGAGAUGAGAGUUGCUUAAAAACAUUCUAAAAGCACAGUAGUGCUGAUGAAAUGACCACAACCUUCAACUAUUAUUUAUCCUAAUAAAUAUGGAUUUUUGCCUUCACCAGGUGAUUACAUUGUAAGGCUGUCCUUUGAAAAUAAAAUCUUUGAUUUUGUUGAAGUCAAAUGUGUUGUCAGGUUACAUUUGGAAAGAUUAUAUUUGUAAAUUAAAAAAAUUCAAGUAGACCUUCAGACUACAUAGAAGCCUUUUAAAUGACCGUGCGUAUUUAAUAGAAAAUUUAGCAUUAAAAGUUAAAAUCUAUAACAACAGAACUCCAGCCCCCUAUAUUUGGGUCAAAUAUCUCUGGAGAUGGCUGCAGAGUUUCCUUUAUGAUGCUGUCUUUGAGUUUUUUAUAACUUUGCACAUUUAAUCUUCCUCAAUAAGGGCUUUCCUCUUCCCCCCUACACUUUUCCCCAUUAUGCCAUUUUAUUUAGGGGUUUAAUGUAGGCAGAAAUGUGCCCAUAAAUGUUUGGGUUGCCUUUUUAUGGAUUACUGCCGACUAAAAAUAUAAAUAAGCAUUCUUACCCAAAAAGAAAAUUCAAGCAGAAAAUGAUAAUAUUACCUUCCAAUGAUUAAAACAGGUGCCCAAUUGAAAGCUUUUUUGAUAAAAAUUUAAUAAAUUUAAGACUAUAUUCUCAAUGAAGUAAUUUUUACAAUUAUUUAAUCUUCCCAUCCCCAUAUUUUCUUCCAUGCGCAUAGCAACUUAGCAGCAGCAGCAGCAAACACAGAUGAGCAGCAGGAUUACUUUUGAGUAGGAUACGUUGUUACAUCUGUUACAUAAAACACGUACUGAAAUUUUAUUCUUUCCGUCCUGUUGUCUAAUUUUUAAACUGGGGAUGAUAAAGAUAGACUUGGAUUUAGGUAUUAAGUUGAAUGCUGUCUUGAGCAUUUAAUGAUUGAUACAGAUUAUUACUGAUCCAGCCACCUGUGCUGUGUAAGUCUAGAAACUGAUAUGGUUGUGGACCAAGCAAUAUAACUCAAGUGCCAUUCUGCAGAACUACAAAGCUCUCUAUACCAGGUUAUGGUGUUAAAUCAUAAUUUCUGGAUCAUGAUCUUAAACCUUUGCUGGGUUCCAUUUCUACUUGACUCUUUACUGACAAGUAUUCCUGAUGGCCUGAAAGCCCAUGUUAUUUAAAGCUUGAAGUAUCCAGAUCAAAUAUGAAAUUAUUUUACAUUUAAAAAAAGUUAAGUACAAAAUAUCAGUUGUGUAAUCAUGGUAGAACAUAAACCUUUGCUAUAAAAGAUUUUUAAAGGCUAUUUGAUUAAAACACUU